CUGUGAUGGUUAGAUAUCAGUUGAUAGCUAGCGAGAGUUGUGACUCUAGUACCCACCCACCUUCAACAGUUAAAACAAGAAGAGCUGAAACAUUUGAGCAAAACGCAAAACACUCCUUUCUGUCUUUGUGUGCUAGUAGAGAAAAAUGUUGCACUGUUGUUAGGGUUUUUUAAGCUACAAAACAGACAAACUGAGGGAGGAGGAAGAAGAGUGAAAAGAUAUUGUGCUUUGUACACGUGGCGUAAAAUGAGUGCGUCGAGGUUCAUAAAGUGCGUGACAGUCGGUGACGGCGCCGUUGGCAAGACUUGCAUGCUUAUUUCCUACACCAGCAACACUUUUCCGACGGACUAUGUGCCAACUGUCUUUGACAAUUUUAGUGCAAAUGUGGUUGUGGAUGGAAGCACUGUUAAUCUAGGGUUAUGGGAUACCGCAGGCCAGGAAGAUUACAAUAGAUUAAGACCUUUGAGCUAUCGCGGGGCAGAUGUGUUCCUGCUUGCAUUUUCUCUCAUUAGCAAGGCCAGCUAUGAAAAUGUUGCCAAGAAAUGGAUUCCUGAAUUGAGGCACUAUGCACCUGGUGUUCCAGUUAUUCUUGUUGGGACAAAGCUUGAUCUUCGGGAAGAUAAUCAAUUCUUUAUAGAUCACCCUGGUGCAGUGCCCAUUACCACAGCCCAGGGAGAGGAAUUGAGAAAGCUGAUUGGAGCUCCUGUUUACAUCGAGUGUAGUUCAAAAACACAACAGAAUGUGAAAGCUGUCUUUGAUGCGGCCAUCAAGGUGGUUCUCCAGCCGCCAAAGCAGAAGAAGAAAAAGAAGAGAAAGGCACAUAAGGCCUGCUCUAUAUUGUGAUUCUUCAAAAUAAUUGUUCUAUGGACGAAGCAUAACCAGUUAGCUGUUUUAUCCUUCUUCUCACCCUCGUUGUUUUUCUCGUCUUUUCCCUCCUGAAGGAAGAAGCCGACUGAGGUUUAUAGUCUCAACUGACUGAACUAGGGGGCUACAUAGAAGCAUCAUAUCUUGUAUUUUCCACUUUCUGGGUUGUGUUUCAGUUUGUAUAUUAAUAAUUCACAUUGUGUUUGUUAACAUGCAUACCUCUUUGCUUCUUUAGGUCUAAUAUGAUGUUUUAGUAUCUGAUUCUGAUUGAGUACGAUUUAAGAAACUUAAAUAUAUUAUCUUUGGCUUGAA